AUGCAGGAACUGGGCCCGUUCCGUGUAACGGAAGACAACAAAACGCUCGGCAGAAACAUGCACGCUUGGAACAACGCGGCUAACGUGAUCUUCCUGGAGUCGCCGGCCGGUGUGGGAUUCUCCUACUCCAACACGUCUUCAGACUACGACCUCAGUGGCGACGAGCGAACCGCCGACGACGCGUACGUCUUCCUGGUGAGAUGGCUGGAGAGGUUCGCGGAGUACAAGGCCCGCGCCUUCUACAUCUCCGGCGAGAGCUACGCCGGCCACUACGCGCCACAGCUCGCCGCCACCAUCCUACUCCACAACACGUACAACAACAGAACCAUAGUCAACCUUCAGGGCAUCUUGGUUGGCAACCCUUAUCUCGACGACAAGAGGAACAAUCAGGGCACCAUUGACUUCUUCUGGACACAUGGGGUGAUGUCGGACGAGGUCUACGCCAACCUCACCGAGCACUGCGACUCUGCAGGUGAAGCAUGCAGCGGCGCCUGGGACGCGUUCGACGCCGGCCAAAUUGAUGCGUACAACAUCUACGCUCCCGUUUGCGUCGACGCGCCCGACGGAGCGUAUCACCCCAGUGGCUACCUGCCUGGGUAUGAUCCGUGCAGCGAUUAUCCUACCAUUGCCCAUCUCAACGAUCCAGCAGUGCAGGAGGCUUUCCACGCUAGGAUGACAGAGUGGUCGCCAUGCAAGUGGCAGGGUAUGUCCAACAGUACGCCGGAGGAUUGA